AUGGAAUUAAGGACGCCUGAGAGAGACUCAAAACUCAAGAAUCUCCAUAGUCCCCCAAGUAUUGAGGAGUGCUCACCGUCUUCUUCGAUUCGACUGGUAAAGAGAAUAUCAGGCGGUGUGAUACGGAGAUUCAAUUCCAAAAUAAAGGCUUCCAACGGUCCUGAUGAACAUAAGCUAACUGACAACACUUUAGAGGAAACACCCCGUUUCGUUUGUACGAGCAUUUUCGAGGAUAUCGAGCCUACUGCUCCUCUUUUCGAAGCAAGUACAAGCCCUCCUUUCAAGCAAAUUACAAACCUUAAUCGUCAAAAUAUUCCUCAACCUCUGAGCCUAGCACAGCUUACUCCGCCAUCAACCGUUAGAAAAGUCGAGAGUGGAUCUAAGUCAAAAUACAGGUUGGAAUCACCAAUUAAUUUGAGGAGACCGAGUUUUUCGUCUACCUCGUCAUCAUCUUCGGGAUGGAUAACAGCAAAGACCCGCGAGCCUCGCAGAAAGCUUUUUGAAGAGGCUUCGAAUGACUCUCGUUCUUUUUCCCGACCGGAGCUUACGUCCCGAACUUUCUGGAACUCAGAAGAUGAGCUCUUAUGCGAACAGGACUCUCCAACGUAUCUUGCUAGUGUGAGAAGAAACAUUUCAAAUUAUUCAGAAUCUAGAAGUUAUAUUGCCGUUGGAUGCAGUAUUUGCGGUGAACAAUUUACCUUAUCGAUGUCUGGAGAGAAAAUAAUUGAGGUAGCUUGCGGCCAUCAGUGUCAUUUUGACUGCUAUCUGAUUGCCUUCGAGGCAUCCUAUGUUCAAAACCGAUUUCCAAAAUGUGGCAUUUGCUCCAAAAACUGUAAACCUUGUAGUGAGGGUGUUCUUAGUGAGCUGACGUCGAAAAUCAUUACUCGAAAGAUCCGAGGACAGGAGCUCAAGGAGAACGGCUUGAGAACAAGACGCUGCUCUGCACCUAGCGAAAGAAAAAAUGGCCCAACAUUGGCUCGGUCUUUGGAGGUAAGCUCUUCGCAUAGCGAUAAUCUGAAACACAUGUUACCUGCAUUAAGCACACCAUAUGACCAAUUGAUCAACAGUGCAGAUGUGUCUUCGAAUGGAUUCAGGACCCCAAGAACAUCACGCAGCACCUUUUACUCGUCUUACGAAGAGCUUCAUUUCAAUGAAGAAACAAAAACACCAACAAGUAAGAAAUCAUUAAAAGAAAAAGAUGUCGAGCAAUAUACACUGCGUAGACCUUUUGAGCCCCGCAUAAAUAUCAUUCCACAGCUAUCAAAGCUCACAAUUAAUGAGAACGCAGAAAGUGCCAUUAUCCAGUACGUAUUGAAUGUAUACAUUCCAAGGCUCCCGGACAAUAUGCGCAAUGAAGAGAAUAGAAAAGAACAUCAAAUACUUAAAAAAAAAAUUGAACAGCAUAUCUCGGCACAACUUGAUCCAAAUGGCGAACUUGGCCAAUUGGAACUAUUUGAUCAAGUUGAAUUUUCUUCUGAUGGUGACAAUUGGACCUUAGCUUUGGGAGUUUUAUUCAACAAAUGCCUGGCUUUCAGCCAGAAUGGCAAUAUCUUUGCAUGUGCACCCAUCAGUGAGGUCUCCGGAGUCCAUCAAAUGGACACGCAUACGCUAGUUUUUGCUCUUAAAACAAAGUCAUUGCCUGAAAUUUACUUGAGAUGUGAAGAUGGUACACUAGUCGUUACAAAAUGGUUCAACUAUUUGCAGUUGUUCUUACCAAUUUGCCGCACAAUUGAUACUAUCAACGUUCCUUUGGGACAAGUCACAACCAACAUGUGGAAUAGCUUGCCACAUGAGUUACAGAAAGAGGUUAAAGAACGGCUGCCAUUUAUAGAGAACAACGAAUCUCAAAUAACGACCAUGCACGCUCUUAUUCACCAGCAAAAGCAAAGCAGUUUGAAAAUCAUUGUUUGUUUGAGCAUCAUAAAUCGCUGCCCCGAACUGCACGACAACGCAAAGAUGGCAGAACUAUUAAAGGCUAAAUUAUCAAAUCUGAUUGGUAGUCUAUCCGAAGUCGAUGAGCUGGGCCUGAUUGUAGUAGGUAAGAAUGGGAGCGGUGAGUUUGGCGCGGCCGGGACAUUCAUCGGUAUGCUUUCCAAAUCGUGGGGUGGUUGGAAUGACAUAAUAAACUCCUUGCAGGUGCACAACAACGAUAAUAUAUUUGAAAGCGAAUUGCACGAAUUAAGAACAAUGCUGGAAACCAGCCGGAAGCUGAUCUGUACAGUGGUAGGGUCCAAUGAAUCACUGCAACAUUUAGUCAUUUUAGGCAAUGACAAUAGUGUUGCGUUGUCUUCAAUUGAGGACGACAUCCAGAGGCACGCAAUUGAGUCCAUAUGCGCAGAAAUAACCAGUCAUUAUGGGUUUUCCAUCACACAGUAUUUCACCCGGAACGGCAGCUUAGCCCUUUGUGACGUUACCAAGGAUUUCCGUCACAACAUCAGUUGUAGAGGCCGUGAUGCCAUGGCAACGAUAGAGUUGUCUGAAUUGGUGGAGGAGUUGCGAAAGCAAAGACUACAGGAUUUAUUAGUGUCAAUCGAAAGCUUCGAUCCUGCGGUUGCACAGAUACACGCCAUGGAGAUGAACGGGGCCCUCGUAAGAGUUUCAAAUAUCUCUCAUGUCGAAGUCUGCGUGGGGAGCUUGAAGCCUGGUGAGGCGAAGAACGUUCUAUUUGAAGUCCAGCUUGACGUGGAAGAUCUUAGCCAGUUUUUGGACUCUGACGCCUACGUGAGAAGCAUGAUGGUGGGAGGUGACAAUCCGCCGCCCUCAUUAGUACGAUUCACCGCCAGUUGGAAAGAAGAUGGGAGACUCGAACGCUCUCAAGGUCGAUCUGUGGGGUGUGACUUCAGGUUCGGCUCUGCUAGCACAGCAGUUUCUUCCUUAUUCGCUCCUGCACUACUUUACAAUCAUUACAAUGCUUCCAACGAUAGUGAGUGCUUGGAUAUUCCACUUGCGCCUCCCUUGACUGUUUCGAGAGAAGCACUUUUCGUCGUGCGCCAGAUUCAACUUUCUGUGAUAGAAACUCUGAGAAUAUGCUUGGGAGAAGAAAAUCCCACAGAAGUUUACAAACGUCUUAACCAGCUCAUAUCUAUUGUCUUUUGCCUGAGCAGAAACUGUGUUUCCACCAUUCCUCAAUAUUAUCGAGAAGUUGAUGGGCCAGCCAGCCCUUCUGAUUACGCCGAGAAGCUGUGUAGCGAAUUGCAAAACAUUGCCCAGCAAACUAUAAACAAAACUACGGGUGCUGUCGCUAUAGCACGUUGGCAGAUGGCCCGUCUGACCGCGACUCUGGUAUGUCAACAUGACGAAGAGAUUUUCGUUCAUUCCACGUGA